UCUCCUCCUCCUCUCCUCUCCUCUCCUCCUCCUACCGGCUGUUUUUGCGCUUCUGCUGCUGCAGCGUCCAAGUUCAGGUGAGCCUCGUCACACCGGGCACAACAAGUCUCUCCGGUAACCGGGAUGCUCACUCCUUCCCCGUUCAAUGGGAUGUUGUAAAUGGGCCGCCGGGCAGGAUGUGAAGCGUCGCUAGAAGAAGCAGGAGGAUGGCUGAACCAGGCUUGUCUCCGGGCGGUCAGGGGCUGCUGCUGCUGCUGCUGCUGCUGCUGGGCUUCCUCUCGGUGUCCUCCGUUACCGCCGACACCCUGCUGUCAGCUCCACUCAAUGUGACCAUCAGAGAGAUUGAGGUAAACUCCGCCAUGGUCACGUGGGAGAUCUUGGAGGGGGACCCCGUCAUUGGAUUCGCCAUCACCCAACAGAAAAAGGAUGUCCGCAUGCUGAGGUUCAUCCAGGAAGUGAACACCACCACGCGCUCCUGUGCAUUGUGGGAUCUGGACGAGGACACGGAAUACAUCGUUCACGUUCAGAGCAUCAGCAUGGGAGGCAGCAGCCCCCCUAGUGAGCCGGUCCUCUUCAGAACGUCCAAAGAGUCGGAGAAGAUGGCGUCCAAGAGCCCAGACGAGGUGACGAUGGAGGAGGUCGGUCAGGCUGCUCAGCUGAGGGCCGGAGAACUCAUCAUCAUCGUAGUGGUGCUCAUCAUGUGGGCAGGGGUGAUCGUCCUUUUUUGUCGUCAGUAUGACAUCAUCAAAGACAACGAACCCAACAACAACAAGGACAAAGCCAAGAACUCCUCAGAGUGCAGUACUCCAGAGCAUCCACAGGGGGGGCUACUGCGCAGCAACGUCUGAGACCAGCCCUUCUUAGCCUGGUGCAAUAACCAACUCCUCGAACCUCAGGACAGUCCUCACAAUAUCUGAACUCUGACGGUACGUGUCCACAAGGGGUCGCCUCGCUUCCCAGCAUUGGACGCUUGAUGGGCUGCCACAGGACACCUGAUUGGACGGACGCUUUCACUCUUGGACUGCUGCUCCCAGCUUUCAAACCGGAACCAACAUGGCGGCUCGUUUGGAAACUCUCUUCUCUCAUAUUACAAAAAUAGUUCACCGAAAUGUUCUUCUGAAAACAUGUUUUGCGAGAAAUAAGCCGUGCAGUUGCUGAAUCUGUCUCUAUUUUAGAUCGACAACGAUUUCCAGAGGCAGUGAGUCGUGCCGGAUGCCCCCUGAUUUGCAUAAAGUGUCCUAAACCUCAGUCUUAUGCAUAUGAGGAGUGGCCAACGUGACGCCCCCAGCUCUUGAAUUGCGCCGCCAUGCUACCAGAAUGCAUUACACGGCUGCUUACAUAGACAAUGAAUGGGAAGCGUGGAAAGGACAAAUCCUGUGGACACGUACCAUUACUGUCCUUUAUUACAUGGCUUUGUAGCUAGCGGGUCAUUGUUGUGAAAUAAACCCCUUCAAGGCGAUGCAAGAAGAUGCCCGCAACCCCCUGUCGGGGUUUAUGUCGCAACAAUGACAGUAAAUGUGUUUCCUGCAGAAACCUGAGACCAACAGAAAGCCAUUCUCAGACACCAUCGUACUGAAGAACCGAUAAACCAUUACAGAAACUCUUCUCUACACAAUGAAGAACAAAAACAAUGGACACAAAUCGGAAUCAAAGGCUGCAAAACAGGAAACAGAAGAGGACAAACCUACAUUAACCUUUGUUGUGACCAAAACUGGACUGUAGCCUGUACAGCCAAUAUAGACUCAAGACUGUCAGAUAAAAUUGCUGUCAGUCAAAGCAUGGGAGGGGACGUCAUUUCCUCAUGACAACAACUGCUUGAUUCAUACGUUCUGGUUACUCUUCAUCGGUUGCAUCGAACAUGAUGAUUUUUUUCAACUUCAGGUUUGUAUCACCGGUCAGCGAGGGCAGAAAUGUAAGUUGCCUCGUAAGGAUAGCUGGUCCUUCAGGUCCAGGUAUCAGUCAGCACAAAACAAAGUAAGCUCUGUUUUAAACCAAGGACUUUCUCUUUUUCUAUCCCUUCAUCCUCAUUCCCUUUAUUACAGCCCUUUGUGUAGCAGCUCAUCUCUCUCCCAGUCUUUCUGUGUCGGUGUCUCUCUAAUAAGCACAUUGACGUUUGGUGCUCCUCCUAUUGUGAUCGUCUGAGCCCUUACAGUUCCAUUCUUGAAUACGGUAUCAUUUUGUUAUUGGGUCAGAAAUAUAGCACGUUGAGUCUUGUCCCCUGCCUUUCUCUCUCGCUGUGUGUCAUCAGUUAAAUGAUGCAUCUGUUUUUCUCUUUCCUUUCUGAACUGGAACCUCAACGGCCUUGUCAGUUUUGUGGAUAUGACACACACCAUAUUUUUUUUAUGUGAGAUUCAGACAGUUCAAGGAUUGACCGGGCAAUCUCUCAUCACAGUGGUGUGUCUCACUCCAAAUCAAAAACAACUUUGAAAUCCAGAAAGUUAACUUCAGUGUCAAACUCUGAGGAAGGCUGGCAUGGCUGGAAAAUGACUGAUUUGGGUUCAAAUUGAGGUUUAUUGUUCAUCACUGCAUAUUCAGCACCAUAUGCUCUCUGUGGUCUGCAGCAGGAUGUGCAGGGAAUAAGGAUGGAGAUAUGCAGGGCAUCAUUCCUAAUGAAAUGUAUACACUGGGCAACGUUUGGCUGGGUUUUUCUCUCUGGUUUGGCUGUAGACCAGCAGGGAUGCCAGGCUGUGGAAGCACACGGAUAAUCCACUCGGCUGUGUGGCUGUUUUGAAAUGUAAAACCAUUUUCUCCCAGACCCCCUCUGAAACUAUCAUUAACAUGCAAGACUGUAAUGGAAAGGGAUAGAAAAAAAGAUGCAUAAAAUCCAGGUGUGAAUUCACUAAAGAUGCACUGCAGACGUGAUCGCUUACACUGCCAGGACUAUGUGGAACUUUUACAAACUAGCAGUACGAUUAGAACUUGCAUUAAUAUGUAAUCUACAUGCUGAUAGAUGAUAUUUGAAUCCAUAUAAAUAGAAUAGGAGUAGAACAGACAUUGAACUGUUUUCCGUGGUCAUUUGACUUGUACGAAGAAAUAUUGUUGUUAGUUGUUAUGGUGACAACAGAACAUACGUCAGUGGGGCAGUAAAGUGUUACUAGGUACCUUGUCCUUCUCCAGAGUGGCGGGAACGUGAGGCGGAGAGACCGUUAGACCCAGAACUGCUGCUGGCCACUCGCCCACUUUCUGUAAGCAGUGUGGCAUUAAAGGCAGGGUGGGCGAUCUUGAGAAACUAGCAAGAGUACACUAGAUUUUUAAAAAUGUUCCAGCCGAAAAACCAAGCCCAGUGUUGCCAACUCUUUUCCAAUGAAAGUAGUUAUUAGCAGCACUCGCUCCAAAAGUCUCUAAAUCUAGCGAGAAAGUCGCCAAGUUGGCAACACUGACAGCCUUUCACUUCAGGCCUCCCUCCAA